AUGUCCUCAUCUAUGUGUCAUGAGAAUCGACUUGAUCAAGAUUUGACAUAUCAUUUGAGUUUGCUGAAAAUUGGCAACUCAGAUGAUGAAUGUGAUGAAGCCCUUCUCGCCCCCAUUUUGACAAGUGCAGUGCUCAAACAACCUGCACUCGCUCCAUUGCAAUAUGGGUUUCUGGGGGGUGUAAGAGAGAUCGAGAUAGCUCAUCAAAUUGAUACAGAGACUAAACAACCGAAAGACGACCCCCGGUUGUUUUUCAAUGUCUCAUCUCCCUCUAGCGUGUUUAUCUGUGGGUCCCAGGGCUCUGGAAAAAGUCACACACUGUCCUGUCUACUCGAAGGAUGUUUGAUCCCCUCCAGAGCUGGGAAGCUUUUAAAUCCACUCACAGCUGUUGUCUUUCAUUACGAUACAUUCAUCUGUGAUAAUGGUGGCUCACCCUGUGAAGCUGCUUUCCUGGCGUCUCAUCCAAGCAUCAAGGUCAGAGUCCUCUGCGCUCCAACAAAUCUCCGGACUAUACAGGGAACCUAUUCAAGAUUCAACAUCAAAGUGGAGCCUUUACAGAUAGACCAGUCCGAUCUAAACACAAAACGUAUGUUGGAUCUUAUGGCAGUCGAUCGCGAUAAUGGUGUGGUUCCAUUAUACUUGCAUACGGUACAGCGAAUCUUGCGGGAAAUGCGGCUGUUGCAGCAAAGUGCGGGAUCCCAAUUUGACUAUCAAGAUUUCAAGAGCCGAGUCCUUAGUUCAGGACUUCUGGCGGGUCAACUUGAGCCUUUGAAGCAGAGGCUGGAUACCCUUGAAAGCUUCAUGGUACCCCUACAAGCAGGCGCAAGCUACCAAAUGAAAGGAAAAUCUAAAAAAAGCAAGGCUGGCUCCAGCUGGAUCCCAAAGGUCUCGCAAUUGACAAUUGUUGACCUUUCGUGUCCGUGCAUCUCACCCGACACGGCCUGCAGCCUCUUCAACGUCUGUUUUGGAAUUUUCAUGGAGCAGGAAACCAAGAUUGGUAGGAUCGUAGCGCUUGAUGAGGCCCAUAAGGUGCGAUUUACCACUGACAUCGGAAUGACAUUGACAUUAAUUGGCUUCCAGUACAUGAAGGAUUCCGUCGAAGCACAGGGAUUUACCGAUACUCUCCUCUCAACCGUUCGAUUACAACGUCACCUCGGAGCCCGCAUCUUGGUAUCGACACAAGAGCCAACAAUCUCCAGUGACCUUCUAAGUCUGUGCUCCGUCGCUAUUGUCCAUCGGUUCUCAUCGCCUGCAUGGGCACACACACUGCAAGCUCAUGUGGCUGCGGUAGCCUUGAAUUUGCAACCAGCAAAGGAGAAACAGGCAGAUUCUGAGCAAGGAGCCCUCGGAAUUCCCACAAAGCUAUCUAUCUUCCACAGAAUUGUAAACCUACAAGUGGGUGAGGCGUUGCUCUUCUCUCCUAGUGCUAUGGUCGGUGUUACGCCUAACCCAACUGAUUCUCCUGGCAUGAUCAAGCUAGGUUCGGGUUAUAUGACAAUCAAAAUAAGAGACAGGCUUACAGAGGAUGGUGGUAGAAGUGUUUUAUCCUCUUAG